UAUCUGGUUUAUUUGCAGAUAUGCACUGUUUUCUGGAGCAGCCAGAACUAGACAGAGGUUUGCUUUAAUGCAUUAAAUUUAAUUUCCUUAACUUCAAAACCAAAACUGGAAAAAUAAGUUGACUACUAGUCAGUCAUCAUGCACUCUACAAAGGGAGUUUUGCUUCUGAUUAUUUUGAGUGUUGUUGUAAUUAGUGGCCAGAAACAGAAGCGUCCCCCAAAUGUUCCAAGCCCAAUUGACAGCAUCAAGCCACAAGAGAACUUUGAUCCUAAACGGUUUUCCGGGAAGUGGUACCUCAUUGGAGUGGCUUCAGAAUGCAACUACCUGAGGGAGUAUAACCACCAGACAGAAGCAACAGCCAUGGUGGUAUCCCAGAUGCCAGUCGAGAACAAUCAUGCUGUCAGCACCUUCAGGAAGCUAGAUGGACUGUGUUGGGAGAUUAAACAAGAGUAUGAGAUAACGAAGGUCAAAGGGAAGUUUUCUCAGAAAGCCAAUGGAAUUAAAAUUGACAUAGUAGUUGGCAAAACAGAUUACAGCAACUAUGCUAUCAUCUAUUACCAAAAACUGAAGAAGAUCACCCUCAAACUUUAUGGGCGGAAUCCCAGUGUGGCACCCGAUAUAGUUCAGCAGUUUGAGCAAAAUGCUAUGAAUCAGAAAAUUAAUGAGGAUUUUAUUUAUUACUUUCCCAAAUAUGGUUUCUGUGACUCUGCAGAUGAGUUUCACAUUUUGACUGUGAAGUAACUGCCUAAGAAGAUGCAAGAAGAAGUACCAAAGGAAUUAUUAAUGCAAAUCUUUGUGUCACUAUAUGAAGAAGAAAAACGUUUAUGGAAUAAAUUUCAUGGGCUUCUAUUAUUACUGUUAAAAUGUGCUCUGUAUAUGACAUCGCUAUAGUAACGUUCUUUUUUAAAUGCUGUUCUGUCUUUUCACUGUAUUUGAACUACUGUAAUCCUCUACAAGAUCUUGAGAUGCAUGUGUGGUAAAACACAUAAUCACUGCAGUUUAUAGUCAGAAAAUAUUAAACUGUUCUAGAAAA